AUGGUGACAACCUUGCUGCAAAAUGAUUCCAGGAUUUUGAACUAUAUUCGAAAAAAUCACUUAUUCCCUCCGUCCACGAAAGAGUACAACUUAAGAAAGCCUGGCGUCGGUGAGACCGAUUUGGACACCGGGCUAACUACCGUUAUUAAGGAGCUACUGGGAGAUAAGAAAAACGGAUUUUUCAUCGAAGCCGGGAGCAACGAUGGUGAGCAUAUCUCGAGCACCCUCGGCUUUGAAAAAUUCCGUUCCUGGAGGGGACUCUGUGUUGAGGCCUCCCCCGCACUGCAGAGCAGGUGGAGAUCUAAAAACAGGAAAGCUUGGCUGGCAAACGUUUGUCUCUCGCCAAAAUCGUGGCCAGUCUGGACCAAUUUUCUUCAUCGGGACGAUUACUCGGUCGGCAGCAAGUUGGGGGAUCCGGAAGAUAUUGUGGACGAAGUUGGAAAUUGGACUCAUUACAAUGUUCCCUGCUUUCCGAUAUUUUCCAUCCUGAGUGCCCUCAAUGUGAAGGAGGUGGACUAUUUCAAUCUGGACGUGGAAGGCGUGGAGGAAGAAGUACUGAGGACGAUUCCCUUCAACGAGAUAUUGAUACGGACAAUUUCGGUAGAGUUUCACAGAAAUGCAGACGAUUCGGCAAGGAAAACUGUGCAGGAUUUUAUGACUGGGAAAGGAUACCAAACAGUGUAUAUUAAAAAUGCCGAUUAUAUAUUUGCACAUAACUCGAUUGCGCCACAAAAAUGA